ACUCCUACGCGGAUUGUUCUGAAUAACUUGUCUCCGAGAAUGUCUCUGAUUAACACACUUUUCUUUCCUCUCCUCCCCCCCUCCCUUUACCACAUCUUUCGUCUUGCUCCAGAGACCUAAAGGGCAAGGAAAUAAAGGUGGGAAAACAUGAUGCACACAUCUGUUGACUUUCCUAACUUGAUGUAGUCAGGACCAGAGCAGAGAAUCACCUGGCUUCUAAGGCCCAUGUUCUAUCUUGAUUUGACUUUGCUUCAUAGGGCAGAGGAAACAGGCGAAGAAUCAUUUUCAGUACAAAAUGGUUCGAUUCAUCAAAAAGAUGCUGUAAAUGAUGAUGAUUUUGAGCCAUACUUAAGUAGCCAGACAAAUCAGAAUAACAGCUAUCCACCAAUGUCAGAUCCAUAUAUGCCUAGUUACUAUGCUCCAUCCAUUGGAUUUCCAUAUUCUCUUGGGGAAGCAGCAUGGUCCACGGCUGGAGACCAGCCUAUGCCGUAUCUGACAACCUAUGGACAAAUGAGUAAUGGAGAGCAUCAUUAUAUACCAGAUGGUGUUUUUAGUCAACCAGGGGCAUUAGGAAAUACCCCUCCAUUUCUUGGUCAACAUGGAUUUAACUUUUUUCCUGGUAAUGCUGAUUUCUCUACAUGGGGGACAAGUGGAUCUCAGGGACAAUCAACACAAAAUUCUGCUUAUAGUAGCAGUUAUGGCUAUCCACCUAGUUCUCUUGGGAGAGCUAUUACUGAUGGACAGGCUGGAUUUGGCAAUGAUACUUUGAGUAAGGUGCCUGGCAUUAGUAGUAUUGAGCAAGGCAUGACUGGACUGAAAAUUGGUGGUGACCUGACGGCUGCAGUGACAAAAACUGUAGGUACAGCCUUGAGCAGCAGUGGUAUGACUAGCAUUGCAACCAAUAAUGUGCCCCCUGUUAGCAGUGCAGCACCUAAACCAACUUCUUGGGCUGCUAUUGCCAGAAAGCCUGCCAAACCUCAACCGAAACUUAAACCCAAGGGCAAUGUGGGCAUUGGGGGUUCUGCUGUGCCACCACCUCCUAUAAAACACAACAUGAAUAUUGGAACUUGGGAUGAAAAGGGGUCAGUGGUAAAGGCUCCACCAACCCAACCAGUUCUGCCUCCUCAAACUAUAAUCCAGCAGCCUCAGCCAUUAAUUCAACCACCACCAUUGGUGCAAAGCCAACUGCCUCAACAGCAGCCUCAGCCACCACAACCACAGCAGCAACAAGGACCUCAGCCACAGGCCCAGCCUCACCAAGUGCAGUCUCAACAGCCUCAACUGCAGAAUCGCUGGGUAGCUCCUCGGAAUAGGGGAACUGGCUUCAACCAGAAUAAUGGAGCGGGCAAUGAAAACUUUGGUUUAGGUGUUGUACCUGUUAGUGCUUCACCUGCUAGUGUAGAGGUGCAUCCAGUGCUGGAAAAACUAAAGGCCAUAAACAACUAUAAUCCCAAAGACUUUGAUUGGAACCUGAAGAAUGGACGUGUGUUUAUAAUUAAGAGCUAUUCUGAGGAUGAUAUACAUCGUUCCAUUAAGUACUCUAUCUGGUGUAGUACUGAGCAUGGUAAUAAGCGUUUGGAUGCAGCUUAUCGUUCCCUGAAUGGGAAAGGCCCACUCUAUUUGCUCUUCAGUGUGAAUGGCAGUGGACAUUUUUGUGGAGUGGCUGAAAUGAAGUCUGUUGUGGACUAUAAUGCAUAUGCUGGUGUCUGGUCUCAGGAUAAGUGGAAGGGCAAAUUUGAAGUUAAAUGGAUCUUUGUCAAAGAUGUUCCCAAUAACCAAUUACGACAUAUUCGCUUAGAAAAUAAUGACAACAAACCAGUAACCAAUUCAAGGGACACUCAAGAAGUACCCCUAGAGAAAGCAAAGCAAGUGCUUAAAAUAAUUGCUACUUUCAAGCAUACCACCUCAAUCUUUGAUGACUUUGCACAUUAUGAAAAGCGUCAAGAGGAGGAGGAAGCCAUGCGAAGGGGCACGGUGUUGGAUGGAGUCUCAGCUUUAGAUGGUUACAAAGUGUCAAUCUAAGCUGGGCCUAGAGUCUCAUCUGAAGAUCCAAUUGGAGAGAACUAGAAACAAGCAAUAACCACUGUGUGGAGAUGUCCUGUUAAACGACAACACUAAUGAUGCAGACUCUGGAAAUGCCUAAGAAGUCAUAGAAGACUAAGUUAGCAAAGCUUUCUUUCUGCUUAAGGUGACAUCUUUGAACACUUUAACACGAGAUUGACUCUUCUUGUAAUGGUUUUCAUCAACGCAUCUGCCCUUAUACUCUCACCAAACACACUUGAGAACUGUAAUUUCAUCAAGCACUUUCUGUCCUGAAGCUUUGACCAGUACCUGCUGUCUUUUGUAAUUAUGCAUCCUAGCUAAGGCACAGAAGACUGAAUGAAUGCAAGGAUUCAUUAACUCUUUGAAUUUGUUAAGUACUAACAGUUAACCAUUAGAAGUGGUUCAAUGAUGUAAGAGUCUCACUGCUUCAACCUUUUCUUUGUUGUAGUUUUUAAAUUGUCAAUUUUUAGCUAUUUGACAGAUUAAAAGCAAAAUAAUCAUGCCAUAUUUAGUCCUGGAGUUGAAGUCUGAAUGUUUAUGUGAAAAAUUAUUGUAGUAAACUUUUAAUAUGGCAAAGCAACCUUAUGCUCUAUUUUAGCCAAAAGAAACAUAAUCUAAAAUUAUAUUAGAAUAUUUCCCUUGUCUUCAAACUAUUUGGUGUAACAGAAUAUUGAUAUGCAGCUUGGUGGACUUCACCAAUUAAUGCACACCCCCUCCCCAAUUAUAUGUACACUGAGAAUGUGUAUUGGUUUGAGGGAUUAAUUAUUUUGUUUCUACCACUUAAUGAAUCUCAACAUUUUGAGUAAAUGUACCUCAGUCUAAUCAGACUUUUUAUGACCUUUAUAACUAUAUUUAAAACCCUUCAAUCCUGUUUCUGGGUGUUUGCGAGCGGAUUGCUAUCAUGAAUUAAAAAUUUAUUACUCUAGGUACUCAACUAGCUAAAUAAACAUAGUUCUUGUUUAGCAAGCAUAUACUGUUCCUCAAUUCUUCUUCAGCUUUUGCAGUGUCCUGGCAUCCUUAAAGUACUUUGAAAAUAUGGCCUUGAUCCAUGAAUUAAAUCAGUAUCUAAGUGAAUGUGUUGAUGUUUUAUUGAUCAGAUCUAUAUAAGUGGGAAUACAGCAUAUAACUGGUUAUUCUUAUAAUUACCUUUUUAGCGUCCUAUUUUUUUCAUUAAUUACAUAACAUUAAUUUUGUAUCUUGAAACAAAUUGAUUUUGUAUAAUUCAAUGUGUUGUGCAUCUGUAUUGAGUGAUUUGAUGGCAUAAGGUUAUGAAAAUAAUGUCCUGCCCCUUAUCUUACUGUUUUGAAAGGAGACAGCUAUGUAGAAUGAUACGGUAAAGGUGAAAAUAGCAAUACAGUAGAUUUGAAUACCUUGAUGUUUGCAUUACUCCAUUUAUGUUUACAUCGUGUUUAGAGAUUUUCAUUUGCUCUCGUCUUUGCUCACUUCAACUCGAAAGCCUCGUGAUGGAUAUUUCUUUGAAACUUUGAUUUAUAUAAUUUUUGUACAAUGUUUUAGAAUGUACAAAUAUUGUAUUUUCUAUUAGAAUACAGUAUUUGUAGAUAACCGUAGCUACUUCACAGUUACUUGGUAGUCCCAGUGUAGUUAUGUCAGUGUUCACUGAAGGGAACAUCAAAAUGUUAAUGGUAUAUUAAAGAAUGAGAACUUCAUAAAGGAAAAUUGCACCUAUUUUACCUUUUUGAGACUAAGCCAUGAAAUCUUGUAACAUGUCUCUUAACUAUUUAUAAUGAAAAUUGGCAUUUGGGUAUAGCCAGCACAGCAAUGUUCUGUAUCCCUAAGAUUGUAUAGGUAGGACAUUUCAAAGAUGACGCCUGUCAUUCUGGAGCUCCUACUAGAGAAAACUGUAAAAGGGUGACCUUGUCGGAAGGAGCUGAGUCCUCCCCCUGAGGUUCUCUUUUUCUUGGUGCUUUAUUAGCAACUCUGGAUAUUUUUAUAAAACUAGUUACAUUAUAAACUAAUUCAGUCUUGUUUAAUUUACAUUAGGUUUUAUGUAAGGAAUGUCAUCGAAAUACCCAACGAGCAGGCUGAUUGCAGUAGACGCAGACAGGGCCAGUGUAGCUGAGUCUGUUCGUGGUGAGAAGAACAUCCCAGUGCCUUUAACCUGAAUUUCUAAUCUUAAGUGAAAUGGGUGCAGCAUUCCUUUGGGAAAAAAGCUUCCACGUGGUAAUUUUGUGUUUUUCUCACCUAAGUAUUCCCCAAAGCACCAACCUUCUCUUCCUUCUUGGUCAGUCAGUAUAUUACAAAAUUAUUUUUCCAUAAAAUGAAAUCAUUACAGGUUGUCUCUAGAGUACAACCAGAGGAAUGUUUCUUAACUGCGGGGACCAAAAGGGAGAGAGCCUGGGCUCUACAAGGGUAGAUUUAUAAUAAAAUGUUUCAAUAAUCUUAAAUUAAGACAUUAUUGGUCCCGUGAUUUCUUGCUUAAUAUUUUUCCAAUUUGUCAUUUGAAUGAUUCUAUUAAAGUUAUCUUAUGUGGGUAUCUUAUUUUUAAAGGUAUUAUAGUUUGUAUAUUUAACAGUAAGGGGGAAAGUGUAACCAAAAUUAGUAUUCUCUCACUAUACAUAUUGGUACUUGAAAAUUCCUUUAAAAACAAACAAAAAACUCAGCCUUUUAGUGCUUAAUUCCUCAUUUUAACAUGUGAUCUUUUAAUUGAAAAGCUGUGUUAUUUUUGAGUACUAUGCAUGAGGGUUAAGCUGAUGUUCAAACAGUUUGCAAUAAAAAAAUCCAAUCAGCUUAAGUCAUUCAAUCAUUUCAAGUGCAUUCUGCAUCCUUUAAAAGUAAGUUUGUGAGAUUUUAAGAGAAUUGUGUUUUCAUUAAGUUUUGCAUAUCUUUUGUUAUGCCAUGUAAAUUCUCUUUUCAUAUGAUUAAAGGAAGGGUAUGAUGAAAUGAUUAGUUCAUUUACAUUCACUUGUAGCAGUUAUCAAUGAGAAUUUGAAUUUUGUCGUGUUUGGGUUUGUUCAUUCCUGUGAAUGAUGGUACAGUAGGUGAGAUUUUUUUUUUUUUGUUAUGGUACUGAACUCACCAUUUGGUCCUCUUUAAUCUUUGAGGGUUUCAAUAAAAAUUGUUCACUCA